AGGAGCGAGGAGAGACUUAUCAUUUUGUCCUAUAGCAGCCGCCAUCUGGUGGCAGACAGCAGCAACCUCGUCGCACUGAUUACUGGGAGUUGUAGUCUUGACGUGAGCUAGCUGGCAUGGCGGCCUGCAUUGCAGCGGGGCACAGGGCUGCAAUGGGCCUAGGCCGGAGUUUCCAAGCCUCCAGGUUUCUGCUCCCCCCGCCGGCCUCUAUCGCCUGCAGAGUCCAUGCGGGGCCUGUCCGGCAGCAGAGGACUGGGCCUUCCGAGCCCGGUGCGUUCCAGCCGCCGCCGAAACCGGUCAUCGUGGACAAGCGCCGCCCCGUGGAACCGGAACGCAGGUUCUUGAGUCCUGAAUUCAUUCCUCGAAGGGGAAGAACAGAUCCUCUGAAAUUUCAAAUGGAAAGAAAAGAUAUGUUAGAAAGGAGAAAAGUACUCCACAUUCCAGAGUUUUAUGUUGGAAGUAUUCUUCGUGUUACUACAGCUGACCCAUAUGCCAAAGGAAAAAUCAGCCAGUUUCUGGGGAUUUGCAUCCAGAGAUCAGGAAGAGGACUUGGAGCUACUUUUAUCCUUAGGAAUGUUAUCGAAGGACAAGGUGUCGAGAUUUGCUUUGAACUUUAUAAUCCUCGGGUCCAGGAGAUUCAAGUGGUCAAAUUAGAGAAACGGCUGGAUGAUAGCUUGCUAUACUUACGAGAUGCCCUUCCUGAAUAUAGCACUUUCGAUGUGGAUAUGAAGCCAGUAGUACAAGAGCCUAACCAAAAAGUUCCUGUUAAUGAGCUGAAAGUAAAAAUGAAGCCUAAGCCCUGGUCUAAACGCUGGGAACGUCCAAAUUUUAAUAUUAAAGGAAUCAGAUUUGAUCUUUGUUUAACUGAAGAGCAAAUGAAAGAAGCUCAGAAGUGGAGUCAGCCAUGGCUUGAAUUUGAUAUGAUGAGGGAAUAUGAUACUUCAAACAUUGAAGCUGCAGUAUGGAAGGAAAUUGAAGCGUCGAAUAGGUCUUGAUUCUGAGAAUGAAUUUAGUUAGUUGCAGAAGAUACAUUGGCUCUACGAGGAUAUAUUUUGAGACCAAUUUAAUUUUCAUUUAUAAGAACAUAGUAAUUAAGUGAACUAAGCAUUCAUUGUUUUAUUCAUACUUUUUUUCUAAAAUAAAACUUGUACAACCAGUUUAUUACUCUAAAAAGAGAAUUACACAUGACAAAUGGUCUGAUGUCCAUUUGCUUAUUGGAGGCAAAGCUACAAUAGAAGUCAGAGCAUCACCAGAAUGGUCUUUAAUGAGCAUGGAACCUUAGCAAAGGGAAUAGGUGGGAUGAUUUUUUUUUAAAAUUGUGAAACAAUUCAUAAACACAACAAUGUAUGAUUUACAGAAUAAUAAAAUAAACAUUCAUGUACCCACUAUCAGGUUAAGAAAUAGAACAUUUAUUAAUAUCUAAGAAUGUUAAGAAAUAAAACAUUUAAUAAGAUCUCAGAAGACUCUGGUAUAUCUGCAAUUGUAUCUCUCUCCUUUUUAAAUGUAAAUAUCAUCUUGACUUGUUAAUCAUUCCAUUGCAUUUCUUUUAGUUUACUCCCAACACAUAUAUUCUUCAAUAAUAUAUUUAAUUUUGAAAAACCUGAAAAAAAAAAAAAGAAAAACCUAUUAGUAAGUAUAAAGGGGCAGUAUUACUAUUAUUGCAUGAAGGCUUCAAGGGAAACGUUACAGUCCUUGGGUCAUAGUCUGGCUUCAGCUUCCUCUGAGAGUUUACAAAGGCCAAUUUUGAGCAAAUUCAUGGCUAAGGUUAUGAGUGAGUUCUGCUAAACAGAAGGCUCACCACAGGGUAUCUGGCAGGAUUAUACUGGGUAACUGGAUGUUGCAGAAAUGUGGUUAGAGGAAGUAAACUGUUUUUUGAUGCUCACAGUGUGAUGAAUCACUCUAUAUCUUAGGAUUAGGUUAAAACAAUACCUUUGGUAUGAUAUGAGUGUUGUUGCUGAUCCAUGCAGCAUGGAUUGGAAAGCUGGGGUAUAAUCACACAUGCUAAAGAAAAGCAUGUAAUUUGGUCCAUACUCACCUGGAUAUACUGUUCCUCAGGUUAAAAAGUACAGUACUAUCCUAAAUCUUGAAGGCAACUCUCAGCCUAUCCAUUGAGUUACCUUCAGAUCUGCCCUCUGGUUCCUAGCUGUCUUGGGACUAACUUCUUUCCUGCGCUCAGCUGUUUUCUGGAUUCCAUGUUUUCCAUUUUAUUGAGUACUAACUUGUUUUGCUGGAGCACAUCCUUUGGUAGCUUCUAGAGGAAGUUUGUGUGGAGGUAAAAUUUUUGAGACCUUGCAUGUCUCAUGUUUGAUUGAUACUUUAUACAUUUAGGUAGGAGGUAAUUUUCCUUCAGGACUUUAAAAAUAUUGUUGCUCCAUUUUCUUUGUUUCUAUUGUUGUAUUGAGAAAUCCAAUGCCAUUUUGAUUUCCGUUUCUCAUAAAUUUCAUGAUGAUGUGUCUGGGUGUGGGUCUAUAUUUAUCCAUUGUAUUGGGUUUUAGGUGAACCCUUCCAAGAUAGCAACUCAUUUCUGUCAGUUCUGGGAAACACUUAGCAUUGGUUGAUGAUUUAUUCUCUGCUGCUUUGUUCUCCAAACUAUUAUUUGGAUGUUGGAUAUCCAGCACUGGGUAUCUAUUUUCUUACCUCCCUCCCUUGACCCCAGUCUGUUUUUUAGCUCUUUAGCUCAAUCUUCCAACUCUUUGCUAUUGUAUUUUAAAAUCUUAAGACCCCUUCUUGAUUUGUAGAAGUUCCUUUUCUUAUAACCAAAAAGCCUUUAUCUAUGGAUUUGUUCAUAGAUAAGGGGUAUUCAGUGUAGUGUAUUUUUUUCAUUUAAAAUUGUUUGCACAUCUACUUCCUCCAGAUUUCUUUCUGUAUUUAUUUUCUGUUGUCUAUAUUUCAGACUUUUCCAGGAUAUCUGAUAAUCUUUGGCUGUUUUCUUAUGGUUGAAAGAGGGACUAAAAAGCUUGGAAAGCCUUUGGGUUGUGGGAAGGGGUUGUCUUUAGGAUUAUCUGAAUGGGCUUUUUUGGGAGUCCCCUCCUCCACAUGAAUAUUUUGGUUUUGUCAGAUUCCCUAGAAUAGAGGCUUCCAAUCUCUUUCCAGGAGGGGUCUGUCCAGGAAGGAGAUUGUGUAGGGGUCUGUCAGACAGCAGCUUUCAGCUACUUCCUUGAUCUUUUUCACUAAUGAUUAUACAGUCAUCUAACUACUGUCAACAAGUAAUAGAUAUCCUAUCCUUCACUUAUUUAGAUUAUUUGCUGAGAUAACCUCUGAAAAUAAAAGGUUAACAAGAGCCUAUAUCUUAUAUUUUUCUUCUCUUUAUCUUGUUAGAAGAUAGCUAUUAAAGCCUGUUCUUUUUCUGUCUUGAUAAACAUUUCAAUCUUGGUAGAAUGGUAGAUGGGUUUAUUUUAGGACCUAAAGCUCUGCAAAUGUAUGAUCAGCUUGUAAGUACAGGUGCUCAAAAGCAUGUAAACAAUCAUGCUUUUUACUCUGCAGGAAUAUCUUUAAAAUUCUUGUGAAUUUUCCCCCAGAAGUAAAGCAAAUCUUCCCCCAGAAAUAAAAUUAAAUGUGCAUAAUCUAAAGCUUUUUUUAAUUGUAGUAGGAUAUAUAUAUAACAUAAUUUACCAUUGUAAACAUUUUAAAUUUACAAGUCAGAGGCAUUAAUUACAUCACAAUGUUGUGAAAUUAUUACGACUAUUUACAAAAUUUUCUCAUCACCCCAAACUGAAACUCUGUAACUGUUAAGCAAUGACCUCAUUCCUGUAUCUCUCCCAAACCCAGGUAACCUCAAAUCCUUCUUUUUAUCUUUGAGACAAGGUCUCAUUCUAUCACUCAGGUAGGAGUGCGGUGGUGUGAUCAUAGCUCAUUGCAGCCUCAAAAUCCUGGGCUCAAGCAAUCCUCCCACCUCAGCCUCCUUGAGUAGCUAGGACUAUAGGCACAUGUUAACUGCACCUGGCUGAUUUUGUUUUUUGUAGAGAUGUGGUCUUGCUAUGUUUCCCAUGGUGGUCUUGAGCUCCUGGCCUCAAACAGUCCUUAAGAUUCAUCCAUGUUGUGGCAUGUAUCAGAAUUUCAUUUGUUUUUAUGACUAAAUAAUAUUCCGUUGUAUGUAUACACAAUUUGUUUAUCCAUCCAUCUUCUGAUGAACACUGGGAUAUAUCUACCUUUUGGCUAUUGUGAAUAAUGCUGCAAUAAACAUUGACAUAACAAGUA